GUUUCACUACGACGCGUUUCCGGUGGAACUCUAAUGCUCGACCUUGUGCUUCCUCUUACCCAGUCGUAAUUUCAUCUUCUCCGUUUGUGAGGUGAAUUUUAUCUGGGUUUGGAUCCGGAUCAUGUCUUUACUGGAGCUGUUUUCAAGGUGUGUAAACCCCGUCGUCAGACACAGCUGUCGUCGUCUUCCGCAGCUGAACUGUGGUCGCUCGUCGCUGCACACGCACACACCUCAGCUCAACUCCAACAGGACGUCGGUGGUUCGCUGUGGACGCCAGAGCUAUGAGCGCCUGUUCCCAGUGACGCUGGUGCGCCCUGACGGAUCCGCCAUUCGAAUCCGAUAUAAAGAACCCAGACGCAUCCUCAUGAUGCCGGUUGAUUUAUCGACUCUGUCUGAGGAGGAGCGUCGAGAUCGACAGAAGAAGAGAGAAGUGAAGAAAACGACAGAAGAGAAAGUAGUUUAUUAUGAAGACGACUUCAAAGCAGACAAAUAUAGACGCUUCUGGAAGAAGGACUAGUCUUUAGUAUGUCAAACAUGUUCCUACAAAGAAACCGUGGGAACUGAACUGAAGACGUCUGUCCUUCUACAGUCUGGACUUCAGUUCAUGGACUUGUGUCUAAUGUGUUGAAAAUGUGCAGAUUGAUGCUGUUCACUGAAUAAAUACUUGUUCAUAGAUCUCA